AGGUGAUGGGAGCCCGGAGGAGCCCGUGUGGACACCGCGGCGGCCGCUGCUUCCUCUUCGCUGAGGCCGCCGCCCGCCAGUGACCGGAGCCGAGCGGAAUCCCCCCGCCAGCUGUCAUGGAAGAGCUGGGAGAAGAUGACAUCUAUAUUUUGAAUCAUGAAAAAGCAGAUGGUAUUCACAGAAGAGAGAGAGAGAUUCCUGUUCCAGCAUAUGCAGGGGAUGAGUCCAUUGCUUCACAUUUUGCACUUGUCACUGCUUAUGAAGAUAUCAAAAAACGACUAAAGGAGACAGAGAAGGAGAACUCCUUCUUAAAGAAAAGAGUAAGACUCUUAGAAGAAAAGCUCCUUGGCUCCCGUUUGGAAGAAGAAACAAGCUCAGUUGGACGUGAGCAAGUAAACAAGGCCUAUCAAGCCUAUCGAGAGGCCUGCAUCGACAGAGAUAAUCUGAAAAGCAAACUGGAUAAGACGAUAAAAGAGAAUACAGAGUCCUUCAAAAACUUGAGUGAGCAGUUGCAGUCUAAAGAAGUGGAGCUCCUACAGCUAAGAACUGAAGUGGAAACUCAACAAGUGAUGAGGAAUCUAAACUCUACUCCAUCUAGCUGGGAAAUAGAGAAGCUGAAUAGUGACCUGAAAGUUCACAGUCUGGAACAGGAACUAGAAAAGCUGAAAAAAGAAUGCAAUAGUCUCAGAAAAGAACUGCAGAAGGACCAGGGUCAGGAAUUAAAUCUGUUAAAUGGAGACCUCCUCCUCCAAAAACAAAAUAUUCAGAGUGAAAAUGUGCAGCAAGCAUACUGGGAACUGAAGAGGGAAAUGUCUAACUUGCAUCUGGUGACUGAAGUGCAAGCUGAGGUUCUACGAAAACUGAAAACCCCAACUGCAACCAAGAAAGCUUCUACUAGUGCACCAGUACAAUGUGUUGAAGACGUGGAGAAGAACCUCACAAAGUUAUAUUUGACUUCUUCUGGGGCAGUCUACAAAAAACCCUCUCUUUCACAAAAUGACAAACUUCUCUGCAAUGCCGUAGCUCCCCCUCUCCCAAGAGAUGUAAAAAUCCUGUCUGAACAGGCAAAUCUCCAGUCGUGGACAGAUGAGAGACCCAUCCCGAUUGGCAGCACAACCUGUCAUGAACAAAACUCAUAUGGAAAGAGCUCUCUGGAAGAUAAUUCCUGGGUAUUCCCAAGCCCUCCAAAACCUAGUGAGACAAUAUUUUGGGAAAUGAAAAAUAAAUCAUCUUUGUCAAACUAUCCAAUAGAUUACUUGGAUCAGUGUAAUCAAAACUGCCUGCACAAGAGCUAAGUAGUUCCUGAGACUGGGGCUGGUUCUGAAUAGGUACCUGAGUACUAGAAUUUUUUAAAGAGAAAAGUAGUUGGCUGAAAUGUGGAGGUAACUACUUUUGUCUUGUUCCAAGACCCGGGGGGGGGGGGGGGGGCUGAUCACUCAUUGCUGUAAAUCCGGACUAAAUCAAAGGAGCUAUACUGGUAAUACAGGUGUAAGCAAAUCAGAAUCAGCCCCUAAAUGCUUGGUCCUCUUAUACUGAGCAUGACACACACUUGCAAAUAUUAUACAGACUGAAUAUUGAACUCUUGGAAUAAAUCAAAAUAAUCCAGCUCUGCAUUUCAGUUCGCUGUAUGUACAUAACACUGCUCAUAAAGGCAUUUGGUAUCCUGUGUUAGAAAUGUCUAAAAGCUGUGAGCUUACCUCUGACAGAAGUGUCUUUCAGAUAUAGAACUCUCAGGUAAAGAAUGGAAUUGGAAUGUUAUUUUUACCCCCUCUGGUUUAGGAAUAGUCACUGGAUUUAUAAUGUGAGAGAUAUGCCAGGAAGAAAAGGUGAGAUUUAUAGGGUUCCCCCCCCCCCAAUCAUGUUUAUGUAACAUGUAUAAACCAAAACUGCUAGGAUACACUGUUUAGACUGCACCUUUUCUUUGGCCUUACUGUAAGUAUUUAAAGAUCAUAAAUGAAAUUCACAGACAUAGUUUUUAUUUGUCGCCACUGACAAAGGAAAUUAAUUGCAUUCUACGCACACUGGUGCCUGUUAUAGAAUCACCCUAACCAAAAUGCAAUGAUCUUUGUGUGCCUCAUUUGUAUAUCACCAAAAUCUUCACUUUAACUGUAUCGUUUCUAAGGCCACCAACUUUUUUUUUUUUU